GCGCUAGAGCAGUUUCCGGCCACCUCAGCGGGAAGCGAGACGGAGGCAGCUAGCUGUCUGGGGACCGAGGCGGAGGUGUAACUGGUCGCCGCGGGGGAAGUGAGUACCGUGACUGCGACCGUCGCGUCUCCGCAGCCUGGAAGAUGGUGUUGCUGACGAUGAUCGCCCGCGUGGCGGACGGGCUUCCGCUGGCCGCCUCCAUGCAGGAGGACGAGCAGUCUGGCCGGGACCUUCAACAGUAUCAGAGUCAGGCUAAGCAACUCUUUCGAAAGCUGAAUGAACAGUCACCUACCAGAUGUACCUUGGAAGCAGGAGCCAUGACCUUUCACUACAUUAUUGAGCAGGGGGUGUGUUACUUGGUAUUGUGUGAAGCUGCCUUCCCCAAGAAGUUGGCUUUUGCUUACCUGGAAGAUUUGCACUCAGAAUUUGAUGAGCAGCAUGGGAAGAAGGUGCCCACUGUGUCAAGGCCCUACUCCUUCAUUGAGUUUGAUACCUUCAUUCAGAAAACCAAGAAACUCUACAUUGAUAGUCGUGCUCGGAGAAAUCUAGGCUCCAUCAACACUGAAUUGCAAGAUGUGCAAAGAAUCAUGGUGGCCAAUAUCGAGGAAGUCUUACAAAGGGGAGAAGCGCUCUCAGCAUUGGAUUCAAAGGCUAACAAUUUGUCCAGUCUAUCCAAGAAAUACCGCCAGGAUGCGAAGUACUUGAACAUGCGCUCCACUUAUGCCAAACUGGCAGCAGUAGCUGUGUUUUUCAUCAUGUUAAUAGUGUAUGUGCGGUUCUGGUGGCUGUGAAGUAGUGAGCCUAGUCACUGGUAAGGGAGAACCUAGAACCUGGCAGGUGUGUAUUUUCAGGAAGCUGAGCUCACAAGGAUGUGUAUUAGAAUCCGAGUGUAACUUCUGCCUCUAAACACCUUGCAAGAAAUGAAAAGACCUAUCCUGAAAAAGAAAGAUUGCGCCUCAUUUAAGGAAGCUUAACCCUAUGUGGAAGUCUCUUUUGGGGGCAGAGACUUUCCCUGGGUGCUAAGCCAUAUGUAUUAGGGAACAGUAGGUUAUUUUAUUUUGUUUGUUUUUUUCCCCGCCCAGUACAUUUUUAAGACAGCAUAACUGAGGUAUUCUCUUUCUGUAAUGGAGCCAUCGGUGAAAUUUAAGGUAGCCAAGCUGUGCUAGCAACAUUCUGAAACUCCUUCAAAGAUGGCAGUCAUUGAGGAGUUUUUUUAUUUUAAUCAACAUUCCUUUUGUUGGUGACAUUUGUGAUUUUCAGUAAAUACGAGUUUUUGAAGACCUUUUAAGGAAGGCUCUAUGUGUAUGAAGGUUAAUGCUAUGCUGCACAGAUCUGUGUGUUGGGCACUUUACGAAGUUAAACUUUGUUAUUUUCCUUUUAUAAUUUGUUUAUUGCACAGUUGCUUUGGAGUUAAAUCAAUUACGUUAAUAUGCUUUGAAAUUACAUAGUAUUGCUUGACUUGAAAGACUGAACUUUUUCUCUCAUUUACUCUUUAAGCAAAAGACUUAAAUUUGCUUUGGGACAUUAUAUUUUGCAGUGUUUGGUUUGUGUUAAUAUAAGAGUGAGUAUAGUCUAGGAUAGCCAGAGACCCUGGCUUUAAGAGAAAAAAGACCCAGCUCAGAACUGCAGCUUUGCCCUGCCCCUUACUCCACCUCAUCCACUAUAUUUUCCCCAUUCUUGUUUUUUCCUCAUGCCAUAAUUUGCUAACAUUUACACACAUACACACACACACACACACAGUAGUUUCGUAUCCCAUAAGUAUCCAUUCAGGAUUUCCCCUAAUUGCAAAAUAAAAAAUUUUGGGCUGUUAAUUUGUAACCUUAGAGCAGCUACUCAACACAAUGCUCAGGAUAUUAAUCUGAGAGUCUCCAAGAGCCCUUAUUCCUGUUUCAGUUCAUGUAGAUUCUCUAAGAAUGUUCUAGAGAGAGAUAACUCAAGAUAGACAACUCAUUAACAGUGGCUUCUAUGAACUAAUAAAAGUACAUAUGAUUUUCCCCCCUUUUUGCUCAGGGACAAUGGGGAUUUCAUCUUUUACCUUCUGAAGUAGAAUUUUUUAAAAUAGGAAGAAUAGGCCUUUUGGGUAUUAUCAUGAAGGCUGUAAUAUAACCUGUGACUCCUGCACAUACUGCAAAUAUUUCUUUAAACUGUACUGGAAAAUGAGCCAACUUCUUAUUUCUUAACAUCUUUGGAAAGAAUUUUAGUAAGCAAUUUUAUAGCCCUAAUGGAUCAUCUACUGCUCUGAUUCCUGGUAGAGAACAACAAUCUUAUUUCCUUGUAAGAUUAGGAAGGUAGAAAUGCUUAUUUCAUUCCUGAGGCUUUACAGAACUAGAAUAAAUCUUUUUCUUCUAUUAUGAACCUAAAUCUGCCAAUUAGAUUUUUGUGCAUGAAAUACAAAAUUACUUUUUAUAGAGGAUAAGUGCUUUUAAGUCCCUGAAAGGCUUUACCCCUUAAAUAAUGAUAUUGGCAAUAAAAGCCUUUGGAGACUGAGAACCCAAGUGGUGGCACCAUAGUACUUGGUGCUUUUGUGAGAAAGGAGGGUGCAGCUUGCUGCAACCUCGUGGUCAGCAAUGAAAUAAAUACUUCUAGAAUGUUCCCUCCAGUGUCGAGUUUUGUUGUCUAGUUAACAUACAUACACAUAUCCUUUUCUGGGUGCAUUUCUACCUUAUCUCUGUGGGCACUAAAGUAAGGGUACCGGGUAAACGAUGAACAAAGUGGUAAUGAAGAAGACUCAUUGCUGUUUUUAGUAGGUGGUUGCAGGAAGAUCUGACCAGCAAAAACAUAUCAGCAAACAAAUAGACAUUUAAGGUAGAAAGUUACAAAAACCAUAUGAACUGAGUGAUGGCACAAUAAGAAAUGAGACCUAAUUUGUUUCUAGAGAAGCACAAUAGUCUAGGUAGUCCACAGUGUGUGCAAGGCACAUAGAAAGAGUGAGGCACAUUUGGGGAAAGCUGUUGCUCAGAGGUACAGAAGAGUUCAAUAAUUUGUCCAAAGUCACAGAGCUAAAAAGUGUUGGAGCCAAAUGUGAACCCAGGCAGUUUGGUUCCCUGGUCUUUCUGCUGUUGUUUUUAAUUUUUCAGGUUUGCACAUGUAAUGAAGGAUCUCAUCAUGACACCUGCAUACCUAUGUGUCGUACUUUGUUCUCUUUCAUUCCCUCCCCAGGCUCUGCUCUUUUAGCAGCUCUGUUGUGCCACCAAGCAAUCAAAUAAAAUAAGUACCAAAUGAAUUUUGAAUUUAGCAAUCAGAAACUUCAUAACACAGGUAGAAAAUAAUUGAAGUGAACUGGGGACAAAAGGCAGAUUACCAUGGGUUAAGGAUUGAACCACUAGGAUUAAAAUCAGAACUCUCACAGGUAGCUUUUCUGCUUAUUGCAACACAGCUUCAUUGCUUGUUUUAUUAAAACGUCUUGUAGGUAUCAUAAUUUAGAAAUAUUUGGCACAUCGACACAUCUGGUUAUUUUAAUGUCUAACAGUGAUUCUUAAAGCUUUUUGAAAAAUCUUUGAAAAUCUGAUAAAAGUGUGUCUUUACUGCAGAAAAAUAUGUAUGCAUGCACACUAUCUCAGGCUAUUCAAGACCACAGCACCUGCUCAAGUCUUGGUCCAUGAUCCCUCAGUUAAGAACUCCAGAUGUAUAGGCUUUAGAAUUCAAAAGUUAAAUACCCAGAGGCCUUGAGAACUGUCCAGCAGUGAUGAGUUAGAAGAAUGCCACAGUUGGAACUUUUUGGGUGAGAUGUAUUCUUGAAAACUAUUAUAUGUACAAAAACACUUUUAGCAAAUAAUAUUUUUCUUAUAAUGCAUUCAGA